AUGUUGACGUUGUCAUUUAUUUGACGUUUCUAUUUCUACUGGAUUAUUUUCCGAAACGCGAUUGGCCGGCGUGUUAGUGGUUUUGCAUCGAAUAAUUGAGAUUUUUUCGAUUAAACAUCAGUAAAAAUGAGUCUGGAAAUCGAGUCGAUGAUACGAUACGCGUCACCAAUCAACCCGGCGGUGUUUCCUCACCUCACGUUACUACUGUUGGGGAUCGGUAUAUUCUUCACCGCAUGGUUCUUCGUAUACGAAGUGACUAGUACGAAGAUGUCGAGAGACCUGUUCAAGGAACUCCUCUUGUCCUUAGUAGCGGCACUAUUCUCUGGUUUCGGAAUUUUAUUCCUGUUGCUAUGGGUGGGCAUUUACGUCUAGUUAGGACUAGUUGAUAAGUUUCCGUGCACUAUUCCAUUACGAUUGGGGUUGUCUCAGUGUUCACCUUGUUUUGUGUAAUUUUAAGGAGUAAAGUUUAUGAUUAUUAA